CAAAUGAAGGAACCGGAUGCUAUCAAACUUUUCAUCGGACAAAUCCCUCGGAAUUUAGACGAGAAGGACCUGCGCCCGAUUUUCGAGCAAUUCGGGAAAAUCUACGAACUGACAGUCAUCAAAGAUAAAUACACCGGCAUGCAUAAAGGAUGUGCCUUCCUGACGUACUGUGCCCGGGAGUCCGCCCUCAAGGCCCAAAGCGCGCUGCAUGAACAGAAGACGCUGCCAGGGAUGAAUCGGCCAAUCCAGGUGAAACCUGCAGACAGCGAAAGUCGAGGAGAAGACAGGAAACUGUUCGUAGGGAUGCUGGGGAAACAGCAGUCGGACGAAGACGUGCGGAAGAUGUUUGAGCCUUUUGGGACCAUUGACGAAUGCACAGUACUCCGAGGCCCAGAUGGCACCAGCAAAGGCUGCGCCUUUGUGAAAUUCCAAAUGCACGCGGAAGCCCAGGCAGCCAUCAGCAUGUUGCACGGGAGCCGCACGCUGCCGGGCGCCUCUUCCAGCCUGGUGGUGAAGUUUGCAGACACGGAGAAGGAGCGGGGCCUCAGGCGGAUGCAACAGGUGGCAAACCAACUGGGCAUGUUCAGCCCCAUCGCGCUGCAGGAUGUUGAAUUGUUCAAACCGUACAGCAAAUAUUGUCUUCUUUAUCAUAUCCAUCACAAGGUUGCCAAAAGUUCUGCCAGGUUUCCUGCGGUGGUCCUUAAGUGCGAAUUGAGGGCACGCAACCUUGGAGAACUUUCAUCAUAUUUAAACGCCCCUUUUCCAAGCAUUGUGACACGUUCAAACGGUCGCUAG